AUGUCUUCAAACAAAGAACAAAUAUUUAUAGUUGGUGUUAGUGGAGCUAUUGGCAAUGGUAUUGUGCGCAAUCUCGGAAAACAAAACAUUGAUACAACAGCGUAUGUACGAGAUGAAUCUAAAGCAAAGACUUUAUUUAAAGAUGAAAUUGAUACUGGACAUCUGAGAGUUGUUGUAGGCACUUAUGUAUCUGUUGAUGUGUACACAAAGGCAAUCGAAGGACAUACUCGUAUUUUUCUUCUUGUAGUUAGUGAUUUUAAGAAGCCAACAUUAAUGAGUAAAAUUAAAGAAACAUUUGCGGGAAAACAAGGUAUUAUUGGAUAUGUACAUACAACAAGUGAAGAGAAACUAUGGAAACUUGCUGAUGAGCAACCAGAUGAACGUUCGCUGGUUGUAUUAUGUCCAGGUGUGUUUAUGAGCAAUCAGCUUAUGGCUGAUCUUCAGUCAGUUAAACAUCUCAAUAGACUUGUUUCAUCUGGAUCUCCUCCAUCGACAUUUGCAUGGAUUGAUACAACAGAUAUUUCGGAUUGCUCCGUUGUUAUUCUAACUGAACCUAUCGAGAAGCAUGAUCGCUGUGUUUACGAAAUGGGUGCUGAGCUUGUGACGCAAGAACAACGAGCAGCUAUUUUUAGUAAAGUUCUUGGUAAAUCUAUCACAUAUGAACAACAGCAAGCAGAAACUCUUUAUAAAAUGUUCAUCAGUUUUGGUAUGUCUCACUCGUAUGCUUAUGAUUUAGUUUCAUUCCCUAUCGAGCCUAUCAACGGUCAUGUGACACCACAAAUGUCUAUUCUCAUUAAUAGACCCUUGCGUACGCUCAAAGAAUGGUUACAAGAAAAUGCAGAAGCAUUUCAAUAA